AGCAAGAAACUCAUCGAUGGCGAGGCCAUGCCCACUGCUUGCCUUCUGUGGCCUUUUCUUCUUCUUCUUCUUCUUGCCUUGUCUAUCUUGUCCUGAACACCAAAAGCAAGCUCUUCUCCAGUUUAAGUCCUCCAUCCUUGCUAUUACUUCUUCAUUCAACAGUUCCAACUCUCUGUUGCAGUCAUGGAAUUCAAAUUCAAGUUGUUGUCGAUGGGAUGAGGUUGAAUGCAGUGGUACUCCAAAUUCAACUUCAAGAACUGUGAUAGGUCUCCAACUAAUAGAGCUUUUCACCAAGCCCCCGGUGUCGUCCACUAUCUUGGCACCCAUUUUUCACAUCAGAAGCUUGGAGCGGCUUGAGAUCCCUGAGAACAACAUCCAAAGUGAAAUCCCGGCAGUUGGAUUUGCUAAUCUCAGCAAUUUGGUUGACCUAGAUUUGUCGUGGAAUAACUUCAGUGGAUCCGUUCCUCCUCAGCUCUUUCACUUACCACUUCUUCAGUAUCUCUUUUUGGAUGAUAAUUCUCUUAGUGGAAAAGUCCCUGAAGAAAUUGGAAACCUCUCCAGGUUGCAGCAGUUAUCUCUCUCAGGGAAUAACUUCAGUGGAUCUAUUCCUCCUCAGCUCUUUCACUUACCACUUCUGAAGUAUCUCUAUUUGGAUGAUAAUUCUCUUAGUGGAAAAGUCCUUGUAGAAAUUGGAAAUCUCUCAAGUUUGCGGACGUUAUCCCUCUCAGGUAACAGAUUAUCAGGUGUGCUUCUUUCAGUUUCGUCGAAGGGGGGGUUAGAAGUCUUGGACUUGAGUGACAAUGAUUUAUCCACGGAAGUACCCACUGAGAUUGGGAAUUUACCCAACAUCUCCACUUUGGUGUUGAGUAACAACCGGUUGACGGGUGGAAUCCCCUCGUCCAUGCAAAAACUAAGCAAGUUGGAAAAACUUUACUUGCAGAACAACUUGCUAACCGGAGAAAUUCCAUCUUGGUUAUUUGAUUUCAAGGGCCUCGAGAGUUUGUAUCUUGGAGGAAACCGUCUAAUUUGGAAUGACAGUGUGAAGAUAGCACCAAAUUCCAGGCUACGUCGACUGUCUCUGAAAUCUUGUGGUCUUGUUGGAGAGAUUCCAAAGUGGAUUUCUACCCAAACGAAUCUUUAUUUUCUGGAUUUGAGUAAGAACAAUCUCCAAGGUGCAUUUCCACGAUGGUUUCUUGAGAUGCGACUUGAAUAUUUGUUUCUAUCAAGCAAUGAAUUUACAGGUUCUCUUCCACCUGGUCUUUUUUCUGGAGCUUCUUUAGGCGUGCUUGCUCUCUCAAGGAACAAUCUCUCUGGGGAGUUGCCCAAAAACAUCGGAGAUGCAACCUACCUAGAAAUUCUUACCUUGAGUGAGAACAACUUUUCUGGGCCUAUUCCUCAAUCCCUCAUCAAAGUUCCCUACCUACAAUUUUUGGAUCUAUCCAGAAAUAGAUUUUUUGGCCCAUUCCCAGUUUUCUACCCCGAAUCACAACUAUCUUAUAUCGAUUUCUCUUCUAAUGAUUUCUCGGGAGAGGUUCCAACAACCUUUCCUAAACAAACAAUAUAUCUUGCAUUGGGCGGAAAUAAGUUUUCAGGGGGCUUGCCUUUGAACUUGACCAACUUGAGCAACCUUGAACGCCUCGAACUCCAGGAUAACAAUCUUACAGGUGAGUUGCCAAACUUUCUCUCCCAAAUCUCCACUCUACAAGUUUUGAACCUCCGGAAUAACUCCUUUCAAGGUUUAAUCCCUGAAAGUAUUUUCAACCUCAGUAACCUCAGAAUUCUUGAUGUCUCAAGCAACAACCUAACUGGAGAAAUCCCCAAAGAGUCUCGUAACCUUGUUGGAAUGAUUAGGGCACAAAAUUCACCAUCAUCAAUCCUUUCGACAAUCUUUAUUGGUUUUAUUGGAGACAGUUUAAGCCAAAAACUGACAAUCCCUCUGGAGAUCGAGGACUUGAUGGUGAAUUGGAAGAACUCAAAGCAAGGUAUCCCUAGCGACAACCUUAACAUGUACACUUUGUUAGACUUAUCAAAUAACCAACUCUUCGGCCAAAUUCCAGCCUCGUUGGGCGCUCUUAAGGCCUUGAAGUUACUCAACAUCUCUUGUAACAAACUCUCCGGGAAGAUACCAACAAGUUUUGGUGAUUUAGAAAAUAUAGAGAGUUUGGACUUAUCCCACAACAAGCUCUCUGGUUCAAUUCCUCAGACCCUAACAAAGCUGCAACAACUUACCAUUCUAGACGUGAGUAACAAUCAGCUCACAGGUCGGAUCCCAGAUGGUGGGCAAAUGGGCACAAUGGUAUUGGAUCCAAACUACUAUGCCAACAACAGUGAACUGUGUGGUAUGCAAAUUCAUGUGUCAUGUCCUGAAGAUGAGCCCCCACGACCGACAAAGCCACCGGAGAAUGAUAAUAAGGAGCCAUGGUUUUUAUGGGAAGCUGUGUGGAUUGGGUACCCAGUCGGUUUGUUGUUAGCAAUCGGAAUCAUAUUUCUUACCGGGUAUUUUACCUUACCACCACCUUCAAACCGUCGGCAUCGCCCACAACGUCCAAUCAGGCGAUGGAAUUAAACCAGAAUAUUCGAUCCAGGGGCGGUCUCCACAAACAGUGAAUUUCAUGGGAUGGUGAAGGCCUUUGGUUAAGUAAAAGUAUUUGUGUCAAGCAGACUCGGUUGAAUAGUAUUGGCAAGUAACUUUGUGAGUGAAACGUAAAAUAAAAAAGUGAAAUAAAGUGGAUUUUCUAUGUA